AUGGCCAAUGCCGCCGCCACCACUCGAUCUGAACCCAAAAAUGCAACAUCACAAGGGUAAGCCUUAAAAAUUUUUUUUAAUUUUGAAAUUUCUGUUUGUUUUUUAGCCUUAGCCUGAUCUUUAGCCUUAGGCUAUUUCACUUUAGGCUUAAGCACACGUUUUAGGUUUAGGCUUACGUAACUUUAGGCUUAGGCACUCAUUUUAAGCUUAGACUUGGCCUUAGCUUUAGCCUUAGCCUUAGUCUUAGCCUGAGCCUGAGCCUUAGCCUUAGGUCUCGUAGUUUUAACUUUCCUAUAUCUAGUUCUUCUAGCUCUCCUAGCAAUAGUCUUUGUAUCUAUAGCUCUCUUGGUCCUCUUAGUUCUCCUACCUCCCCUAUCUCUGGCUUUUCUUUGAGCUAAACAUAGGUAACCAACUCAAGAGCCAAUCUAAACAAGAUAAUACAAAAUUUUUUACCAAAAGUCUUUUUAACUUCCGGCCGAGCCAAUUGUUUUAUCACAAGAAAAGGUGGACGAAAAAAGUCACCAAAAGCCCUCAGGUAAAGAAGCUUCUCCGAUUUCUCGAAAAAACGACAGCUGAUUUUUCGGUCCACAAAAAACAUAAAAAAGAGCUUGAACGUGGAUUGGCAUUCUUUUUAUGAUUGCAGCGAAUUUAUAUUAUACUAGGGACAUUGAUGUUGUUCUAGAAGCGUUUUUUAUUAAAUACAUUGUAAUUGAGCUUUUUUUUAUAUUUUUAUAUUGUUCUAGAGAUAUUUUACUGGAUUUCUUUCUGUAAUCAAAGGCGAUAUUUAAAUUUUUUGAUUUUUUAUACCUAAAAUUUUGGAAAAUUUGGCGAUUUUUCCACUUUUAGGCUUAUAUUUCGAAUAUUUUAUAGCUAUUAAGCCUAAUUCUUACAAGAUUAAAAGCGGUAUUAUCUUGUGAAUUAUUGUACAAUCAUAAUUUCACAAUUUUGAAAUAACAUUGUAUCAAAAAUGGCAUCAAAAUGAGGUUUGUUUCCUAAGAAUCCCGUGGACAGAAAAGUCUUGUCGUCAAUUUAUAUUGUUUUUCAGGGUAUAAAGCGACAAAACUUUUUAGAAAAUUAAAUAUUUUGUGUAAGACGAUAUGGUUUUUAAAUUUUUUAAAAAUUUAAAAGUUAAGUUUUUUUUGAAAUUUUAAAAAUUAAAUUUCUUUAAAUUUAAAAAUAAUUGUUUUUAAAUUUUGAAACUUUUUUUAGUUACUCCUCAGUGAGUUUCAAUCGACCGACCGGCUCGGGGAUCGCCUUUAGAUCCAGUCGAUUAUUGGCGGCGGCUUCAUCAAAGCCAACAACGUCAUCAUAUACACCACGAUCUUCGCUGGCUUCGAAAUUCGCUGCACGAGACACUAAUAAGCCUUCCACAUCGAGUUAUGGUACUAAUAAGGACUAUGGGAGUGCGGUAGGAUUACUGUACUUUUUGAAAUUUUUGAAUUUUUUUUAAAUUUAGGUCAAAAAGUUUAUAGGGAGGUUUUUUUAAAUCAAUAAAUUUUAUUUUUAAUUUCAGAGCCGCUCAAUAUCAGAAUCGACUCGACCAUCUUCACGAGCUUCGACUUUAAGCAUCUCUUUCACGAAUAAGUUACCCGAAAGUCCUAGAAAAGCGACUGGUACACUGACGACAAACUUUAAAUCUUCAGACCCGUUAAGCUCUAGUAGGAUCGGUACUACUAGUACUAGUAGGACUAUUGUUGGGAGUUCGGCUAGUGAUUAUUUGAGAUGUAAGUUUAGAUAAAAAUGCAAAAAUUUUGUUUUUAAAACGAAAAAUGACAAAAACUUUCUUUACAUGACAAAAAAUUGCAAGAACUUUCUUUACAAAACAAAAAAUAGCAAGAACUUACUUUACAAAACAAAAAAUGGCAAGAACUUUCUCUACAAGACUAAAAAUGGCAAAAACUUUCUUUACAGAACAAAAAAUGGCAAAAACUUUCUUUACAACUUUCAAAAUUUCAUUUUUUAAUUUCAGCACGUCGAAAACCAGAUGACAUAUCAUCAUCCACAAACCCUCGUUCACUUACCACAAAAUCAGCUGGAGUACCAGAAGUCAUAUCCAGGUUCGGCUCCAGAAGCCCGGCUUUUUUAGCUGGUGGAGUAGUCAGAGCUAGUGCACCAUCUUACAGUACUAGAUCUGGAAGGUUGAGUAGUACUGUAUCACCUACGGGCACCGCCAAGACAAAUACGAAUUUCAGAAGUACUACUAGUACCAGUUAUGGAUCUGGUACUAAUUACACCACUGGUACUACGAGGAAAGAGGAACGACCAUGGCGUGUCAGAAUGGCAGAGUCUAGUCGGCUAAGGAACUUGGACGCACCAACAAUAUCAUUUACGACAGCUGGUGGUGCAACUAGCAUCGUGACAAGGACUAGACCUACUAAUACUGAGAUAGCCAAGACUGCAGUGAAAGAAAGUACUCCAGUAUCAAGUAUUGGGCUCAGGAACUAUGAGAGCAAGGUAAGGUUAAGUUAACUUUAAAGCCAUGGCAGGUCUUAAGCCUAGUACUAGUUCUACCUAGCCUGGACCCUAAUCUUAACCUUACCUUUAGCCUAGCCUGAAGACUAGCUCUAGCACUACCUUCAGUCUAGCCUGAAUUCUAGUCCUAACCUUUCCUUUAGCCUAGCCUGAACCCUAGUCUUAGCCUUACCUUUAGUCUAGCCUGAACCUUAGCACUAGCCUUACCUUUAGCCUAGCUUGAAGACCAGCCCUUGCACUAUCUUUAGCUUAGCUCUAAUCCUAGUCCUAGCCCUACCUUUAGUAUAGCCUUAUACAACUAGACAUGAGAAAUGGACCGGGCCUGAAUUUUAGGCCCGGCCCGAUCGGAAUUUUGCUCAAGGGCGGCCCGGCCCGUUUCUCAUGUCUAUAUACAACAGUACGAUGUCUUACAGUAACAUACUGUAAACUUAUAUUUUUAGUUUUGCAACCGCUACUCAGCCUCCCCAGUAUCAUCAAUAGCAUCAUCGUAUUCACCGACCAGGUACCGUCAUAGUGUACCGGUUGGUCGAUUGUCGCGAAAUUCAUCUACUGCUUCUUCAACCCUGUCGCUAUUGUCCCAAGUCACGUCGCCUCGAUAUUUGUCACCAACGUUUGGUCAUGGUACUGUUGGUACGGCUAGGGCGAAUUCGGCUAUGACACGGUAAGGUUUUUUGGUUACUUUAGCUUUUGAGAUUGAUGGAAGGUACUGUAGCUUUAAAAUAUAAAUACAUUCAGUUUGGGGUUACUGUAGUUUAAAAAUAUAGAUUGUGUUUGGGAUUACUGUAGCUUCUCAUGUUUAUGGAAUGUACUGUAGCUUCUGAGCAGGGACGUCGUUUGGGGGGGGGGGUUUGGGGUGACUCCCCCCAGAGCCAAUCAGGAAAAGGUAGGGGCCUGUACGUGAAAAAACGAAAAAAAAAUUUUCGAAUAAUUGGUCCACAGUCCACCUCCCCCCCCCCCAGAGAAAAAUCGUAGCGACGUCCCUGCUUUUGAGGUUUAUGAAAGUUACUGUAGCUUUAACCUAAUUAUGGGUUACUGUAAUUUUAUAAUUUUUUGCUUUUUUUUAAAUUUUAUUUUGCUUUUUUGAAAUUUAUCCCGUUUUCCCUUUUUAUUUUUUUUUGUUUUAGAAGUUUGUAUACCCCAACUUCUUUUACCUCUACCUAUCGUCCAUCUUCUCGAAUGACCCAAUCUUAUACUGCAAGGUAAAAAGCUUAACAUUUGUUGUGAUUUUAACAAUUAUUUUUAGAAAAAUUUGUUUUUUUGGUCAAAAACGUUUUUCUUACCACACCCUACCCUAGUCUUAUCCUAGAUCUACCCUAGCCGUAUCCUCGCCCUACCCUAGUCCUACCUUACCUUAUAGUUAGCCUUACCAAGUCCUAUUCUUUGUUUCUCUACGCUACGCUUUCGCUCUCUUCUCUCUCGCUUUGCGCGUAACCCAGUCGAAAAACAACUCUCUCUUUUAUGGCUUUACCGCAAAUUUUACGUUUAUUCGAACUUGAAAGUUCCAAUAAAGGUUGGUAACUUAUCCAGCUCGUUUAUACGUGGCUAGUAAAAUAAAUUUUAGAAAGCUUGAUCUUUUAGGUUGGGCUGAUAAUCUCUGUUCUAGUAUUAGAUGCUGGCAUAAAGAACCCAUCAUACUUUUCUUUUCCUGUAAAAAAUGACGAGUUCUUUAUGUCGGCACCUUAUAGCUGCUACUAUAAUAUAAAAAAGUUAGGUGUAUAUCUUGGUAAGGUCUACAUUUUAGAUUGCUUUAAAAUUUUAUAGUAUUAAAAGAAAAAUUUUAUUUUUUUUAAAUUUUAGUGACUUUAAACGAAUGGGCGAAGGAACAAAAUGGACUCCAGUUGAACCGAAACCAAUCGUUGAAGAACGGAUGAGUCGAGAUCCGGAGAAGACACCUAAACGUGAGCGUUACUUAUUAUGGUUUUAUAUAAUGUAUUUUAGGCCUAAAAUUUUUUUCCAAAACUAAUUUUUUACAUUUUUACUUUUUGGUCAAAAAGUUUGUAGAAAAAGUAUUUUUUUCCGAUCAAAAAUUUCGUAGAAAAAACAUUUAUUUGGUCAAAAAGUUUGUAAAAAAAGCAUACUUUUUCGCUCAAAAAAUCAAUAAAAUUUGUUUUAGCCAGAAGUCGAAGUGUGUCAAAGAAGCGAAGAUCUCGAAGCCGGUCGGUAGCCAACGAACCUCCUCCAGCUACAUCAUCCGAUUCAGAAGGAGAAAAAGGGAAGCCGAUGCGACGAAAAAAGCUGCGGAGGAAGCCGUCGGCCACUAAUUUAGGUAUGAUUUUAAUUUUUUUUAAUUUUAAAGUUUUAAAAUUUUUAAAAUUUUUUUUGAAAUUUAAAUAUUAAAAUAUUUUUUUAAAUGUUUUUAAAAUUUAAAAUUGCAUGCCAAAACUUGUUGAAAGUAAAAAAAAGUCAUUUUUGAGGCCUCUGAUUGACAGUUUAUAAAAAGUUUUUCGAAUACGAAUAACAUUGUUUUAUGUGUCAUCUGGCUCUUUUCCAAAGUUAAAUGUCUUUUUAUUAUCAUAUUAUAAUAGGAUUUGGUUAUGAUAUUGAAAAAAUCAUCAUUUUUUGACACAUGCGGUUUUUUUAUCAUACCGGUCAAAAAGUUUGCAGAAAAAGUGAUUUUUGGCAUUUUGGUCAAUAAGUUUAUAGAAAAAUCGAUUUUUUAUUGAAUUUUGGUUUAGUAGGGCAGGAUAGAACAGAGAAUGACAAUAUAGCGUAAAGAAGGCUGGGCUAGUCAAUUUUAAAUCUGUUUUUAAAGUUUCUUGACCAAAUUUUGUUCAGGGCCGGGCCGGGCCGGUCCAUUUCUCAUGUCUAAAGCCAAGAUGUAAAAUUUUUGAAAAAGUUUAAAAUUUCAAAAAUCAAUUUUUUAAUUAUCGCAAAAACAAAUGGCUUGAUUGGACCUGAUAGUAAUCGUUAAUCAGGCCGAGAACGUGGCCACAGGUUGAAGAGCGGGCUGGCCACAGGUCAAAAGGAAACGCCCCGGUUUUUCCUUUGUUUCAAUCUUUUAUUAUCAUGGGAAGCUGGAAAACGACUUUUUUAGUUCAACUAUUGCUUGAUAUUAUACUUGGUAUUCAGGGGCAUUGAUCUGGUUUUACUUUUUUAAUAUUUCAAUUAGUUAGAUGGUGAAAUUAUGUUAGUUUUUUCGGUCAAAAAUUUCGCAGAAUGUUUAAAAAUUUUGAAAAAAAAUUUAUUUUCAUUUUUAACUGCAUUGUUCUAGGGGUGAGAAACGGCCCAGUUUUGAGGCCCAGCUUGAAUUUUUGUACGUGCAACAAACCUGGCAUUGAUUUUUAAGCCCGGCCUAAAUUUGGCAAGGCUGCUAUGAUCGUAGCGCUUGGCCUAAACGGCUUGUUAUGUAACUCUAAAUUCGUCAAAAAGUUUGUAGGAACGUUACUUUUUAUUGUUCUUAUAGCUUUGGUUAAAUAUUUUUUAAAAAACUUAAAAGUAUUCGCCCGACCAAGAGAUCAAGCCUUCCAAAAUUUACGUUACCGGCCACGUAUAAACGAGCUGGAUAAGAUACCAACCUUGAUUGGAACUUUAAAGUUCGAAGGAAACGUACAGUUUGCUUUAAGGUCAUGAAAGAGGCGCUUGUUUUUUGACUGGGUUACCCGCAAAACGAGAGAGGAGAGAGUGAAAGGGUGUGAUAGAGAAAGAAGGAAAAAUACAGACAGGUGUAUAUUGAACUAGCUAGUAGAUUAUUAAGAUUUUUAUACGAACUUAUUGACCGAAAUGACAUAAAUUCGGGUUUUGAUGAACGUUAUGAGCAAGAUAUUCAAAUUUUUCUUACUUUGUCUAUUUUGAAGCUGCAAAAAUGACUCGACAGUAUUAUUCUGUCACUGUUCGGAAAGGUAAAUUUUUAAAAAAUAAAAAAAUUUUAAAGUACGAAAUUUUAAAAAUUUUUCUAUGCAAACCUUUUUUAAAAUCCCCCCGCCCUCCCCCUUAAAAAACUUUCUUUACAAGACUCUUAAACGGAUCCAUCGUAUAACUUGGCAUUCGCAGGCUGCGAAACACAAAUUAUUGAGAAGUUUGUGUGAAAAUGGCAAUAAUUUUCUUUACGAUUUCAAAAACCGCAAGAACUUUCUUUCCAAAAUAAUUUUUUAAAACCGCAAGAACUUUCUUUUUAAAAUCAUUUUCAAAAUUGCAAGAACUUUCUUUCCAAAAUCAUUUAUCAAAAACAGCAAGAACUUUCUAUAAAAAAUCAUUUUUCAAAAACAGCAAGAACUUUAUUUACAAAUCAUUUUGAAAAACCGCAAGAACUUUCUUUCCAAAAUAAUUUUUAAAAACCGCAAGAACUUUCUUUCCAGAAUUAUUUUUAAAAUUGCAAGAACUUUCUUUACAAAAAUCAUUUUCAAAAACUGCAAGAAUUUUCUUUACAAAAAUUAUUUUCAAAAACCGCAAUAACUUUCUUUCCAAAAUCAUUUUCAAAAACUGCAAGAACUUUCUUUCCAAAACAAUACAUAAUAUGAUAAUUGAUUCACGCAUCUAUUUAUGCCGUAAUAAAUAUUCAUUACUUUGUAAUGGCAGAUGUUUUUGGUCGUGCCGUGUGGUGACGAUUGGCCAAACGAUGGACACAAGGCUUUUAUUUAGUUUUGAAAAAAGAAGUUUUGACACUUUUCGAUUCGAAAAGAUGGAUUUGCUUUUGGUUUUGGGCCAUUAAUUCUGGCAGAACAAGUAGUUUUGCUUUAAAAUGGCACAGCUUUUAAAACUUUGUUUGUAAAGAAAGUUUUUUCAGUUUAUGACAAUUGUUAUGGAAAGAAAGUUAUUGCUGUUUUUAAAAAAUGAUUUUGUAAAGAAAGUUCUUGCGGGCUUUAAAAACGAUUUUGGAAAGAAAGUUCUUGCGGUUUUUAAAAAUGAUUUUUGGAAAGAAAGUUCUUGCGGUUUUUCAAAAUGAUUUGUAAAUAAAGUUCUUGCUGUUUUUGAAAAAUGAUUUUUUAUAGAAAGUUCUUGCUGUUUUUGAUAAAUGAUUUUGGAAAGAAAGUUCUUGCGGGUUCUAAAAAUGAUAUUGUAAAUAAAGUUCUUACGGAUUCUCAAAAUGAUUUUGUGAAGAAAGUUUUUGCGGUUAUUUGUUUCGCACUGUGCAAUGCAUUUUAUUUUUUUUGCACUGUGCAAUCAGCUUUUCAGUGGAAAAAAGUGACUGCACGGUCCAAUCGGCUUUCCAAUAGAAAAAACUGACUGCACGGUGCAAUCGGCUUUUCAAUAAAAAAAAGUGACUGCACGGUGCAAAAUUUAAAAAACUAAAAAAAACUAUUUAAAAAAUGCAAAAUCACAAAAAAUUAAAUUUUUAUGGUUACUGAAAUAUUACUGUACUUUCAGCCCCAACAUUUGCGACCAAAACGACGCCCAAGCCUGUUUCAAAUCAAAAAACUAAAGUUAAAAUGCCAGCCAAUUUCGAAGGAUCAGUUCAAAAUUCAUUGAACGACAAGCCAGAAACGAUUACUGCUAAGACAGUACCAUUGGUACAAGCUGAUGCGCCUAAUGUAAGUUUUUGUAUUUGUGAUGGUGACUUGGUAAUACUAAUAUAAUAGUACUCUUUGAAAUGUGCACGGUAGGGUAGGGUGGGGUAGGGGACGGUAGUCAAGGGGAAGGUAGGGUAGCGUAAAAAGCCUUUUUUUUAAUUAGGGCAGGGCUGUGGAAAGAGAUGAAUCAAAAUUGGAUAUGGCAGGAUAGGGUAGAAUAUAGUAGGAUAGGAUAGGGAAGGGUGCGGUAGGGUUCGGUAUUUUAGGGUAGGGCAGGGUAGGAUGCGAUACGAUUGGUUAGGUAAGGAAAGGUAGGGUAGGAUAUUGUAUAGUAGGGUAGGGUAAUGUAGGAUGCGAUAGCGUAGGGUAGGGUAGGUUACGGUAGGGUUCGGUAGGGUAAGGUAUUUUAGGCUAGGGGGGCAGGGUAAAGUAUGAAGCACCAGGCUACUAAAACAUGAAAUUAUGAACUCAAAACUGACUAACAUCCUUAAUAUCAGACUUGACUUUGUAAAAACUUACUAUGCUUUGAUUUACAGAGCGGCUGGAAGUGUCGGCAGCUAAAACCACCCAAAACUGUUCAAUUUAUUCCGUUUUGUCUUGAAAUUAGAGGUUAGACACGGUGUGAAAACGUUGAUUGUCUUGUGUUUGUCUGGUUUUGUUGCCAUUGUUGCUUUAGUUGCUUACUUCCCUCUGUUGCUUUGGUUGUCUUAAAAUAAGCUUAGCUUAAAAUUUAUGCAAAUUUUUAGGUUCAUAAUAAAAAAGCCUAGGUUUGAGUCAAGUUUUAGCCUAAAAAUUUUGUACUGCUUAAUCUGUACUGCAUUUUCUUUAAAAAUUUUUAAAAAUUUAAAAUUUAAAAAAGUUUAAAAAUUUCAAUUUUUCAGAAAACUAACGGAGAAUUUCACGCUGUAACCACCUUCAAACCAGCUACAGUAUUAAAGAAAAAGAAGGUUCUAGAAGAGACUUCAAACAAACCGGUACCAGGAUCGUGGAAUAAUGAUAACGAGGUUAAUAUCAGCUGCAAUAAGAGCUUGAUUAGGUAGGUGUUCAAUCAGAAAGCUGAAAAUUGAACCCUACCCUACCCUACCCUACCCUACCCUACCCUACCCUACCCUACCCUACCCUACCCUACCCUACCCUACCCUACCCUACCCUACCCUACCCUACCCUACCCUACCCUACCCUACCCUACCCUACCCUACCCUACCCUACCCUACCCUACCCUACCCUACCCUACCCUACCCUACCCUACCCUACCCUACCCUACCUUACCCUACCCUACCCUACCCUACCCUACCCUACCCUAUCCUACCCUACUGUACCCUACCCUACCCUACCCUACCCUACCCUACCCUACCCUACCCUACCCUACCUUACCCUACCCUACCCUACCCUACCCCACCCUAGUCUAUCUUAUACUACACUACCGUAUAUUACCUUAUACUACACUACCGUAUACUACCUUACUCUACCUUACCUUUUACUACAUUAUCUUACCUUAUACUACCUUACUCUACAUUAUACUACCUUAUACUAAUUUAUACUGUUAUAUCCUACCUUAUAAUAUAAUACCCUGACCAAUAUUGUUUUAGAAAAGAACCCAAAGUGCAUAUCGAAAUAGUGAUGAAGCAUAUUCCACAUGCCAAAGCGGCCAACGCUUACUUCAAAGCUCAGAAAAAGAAGCGAAUUGUGGUUAUGAGUAGGAAUAAGAUUGUCAAUGCCACCUUCAUGAAGCCGAAAAUGCAUAACCAGACUGCUUUGAUUACUCUUAAGGAUAAGCAGUGUGUUACUUCAAAAUUUUUAAUGUUUUGAAAUUUAAAAUUUUUAAAAAUUUGUGUAAGCUUGGCUUAAAAAAUAAUUUAGUGCGGUCCAAAAGUCCGUAGCCAAGCUAAGCCUAAAGGAACCGAAAAAGGCGAUAAAAUCAGUGGAAAAGAACAUCAAUGAGCAUAUUGUCAAGAACAAGCAGAUGAAGCUGAAUGUGGAGAAGAAGUGGGUCGAAAAGAAACGGUAGGGUUACUGUGCUUACCUUUGUCAGCUUAGUUUUAAAAAAUAAAUUUUGGAAUUUUAAAUUUAUAUAUAUCGUCGGUAACAGACAAGUCAAAUAGAACUUCCGCUUGAGUCGUAGUUAUAUAUAUAUAUAUAUAUAAGAUACUUUAGUACGAUAACACAAAAGGCAACGUUAAGAUGCAAGGCAAUUGGAGAAAAGGUGAAGACAGUGAACAUGAACAUUCACAGAAAGCCAGAAGAAAAGAGUUGUAAUGUAAGUUUUGAACAUAUUCUGCAGUGGAACUCUUGUAUAACGAACGAUAACGAAAAUCCCGUAUAACGAACAACUUUUCAAUCCCCGUCUACCACUACACCGUGCUUUUAAAACUCCUGUAUAACGAAACUCCUUUAUAACAAACAAAUUUCAAGUCCCCAAGCGAUUCGUUAUACAGGAGUACCACUGUGUUACAGUUACCGAGUUUCUAAUUUUUAGUUUGAAAUUUGAAAAACUUUAAAAUAAAAAAUUGGCACUAAUGAUUUUAAAAAUUUCAGGGCACAGUACGAUUACCAGCUGUUAAAACCAGUGCUUCGGCUAAAUUGACAGUAUCAAUACCAAUGACGAUCGAUGUGAUUCUGGCCCAACCUCCAAAGAUUCUUUCACCUGAACGAAUCGAAUGGUCUGACGGUUUCUCAUCACCAGAGCUUUAUGAGGUAUGGUUGAGUUGAAUAUGAUGUUAAUAUAGACUUAUAAAGAGGCCAGGCCCAAUUGUCUGGCUCGGUCGACGGACUGUAAGCUUUUUGUUGGGUCUAUCUGAUACUAAUAGAUACAGAGUGUAAGGUAGGGUAGGGGGUAUGGUAUAAUAAAGUAAAGCAUGUUAGGGUAAGAUAGUUAUUGUAGAGCAUGGUACGGCAGGGUAGGAUGGGUAAGGGUAUGAUAGACGUAACUUUGUGGACCAGAGCCCAAACCAAGGUGAGGUCCUAGGGUAGGGUAGGGUAGGGUAGGGUAGGGUAGGGUAGGGUAGGGUAGGGUAGGGUAGGGUAGGGUAGGGUAGGGUAGGGUAGAGUAGGGUACGGUAGGGUAGAGCAGGGUAGUGUUUGGUACAAUAGAGUAUGCUAGGAUACGGUACAAAAGUGUACUGUAAGGUAGGUAGGCCAAGUCACAGGCUAGGCUAUGCAUCUGAGCAAACCAUUCAUAUCCCUAGUUCAGCUCAAAAAACGAUUAGCGAGUUUUAAAAAGGUCAUGAAAGCGUAAACAUACGACCAUCUGUUGUCCAACCCAAUAGCUUAUCAAACGACAUUAGGCUUGUUUUAGGUAUAACUGCCCUCGGGACAUGUGUUUGAAUAUAGUUAUAGGUUUGUGAAAAGAAGACUGAUUUUACUAUCGGUCAAAAAGUAUAUAUAACUUGUUUUUAGGCUUAAUAACAUAGGUUUAAAAAUUGAUGGUUUCAAUUUGUAAUUUGUGUCAAUUAGAGUAUUAGCAAAGUUUGGCCAUAAAUCACACGAAUUCUUGUUAUUUUAAGACCGCCAGAGGGCGAUUUGCUUUUGCAAAGGCUCUCUUUUAUCCGCUGACAUUCCCCUUUCUCUCUUUUUGAUAUCAUUUGACUUGAUAUAGUUCGGGCUAAUAUUGUCUAUGGUUGAUAUUUUUUAAAAUUAGGUUUCAACUGAUGCUUGCGUCUUUUUAGGCUUAGCUACGCAUUUCGGGCUUAAGGUUAUCUAGUUUCAGGCUUAAUGACAUAUGCUAGGCUUAAGCACACAUUUUAGGUGUAGGGAUGUAUUUUAGGCUUAAGAUUACGUAAUUCUAGGCUUAAAGGCGUAUUUUAGGCUUAAGGUUACGCAACUUUAGAUGACGCAUACAUUUUAAGCUUAAGAUUACGUUAUUUUAGGCUUAAACACACAUUUUAGGUUUAGGCACUUAUUUUAGGAUCACGCUUACGCCAUUUUAGGCUUAGGUACACAUUUUAUGUUCAAACACAUAUUUUAGGCUUACGCACACAUUGAGGCUUAUGACUACGUAAUGUUAGGUUUAAGCACACAUUUUAGGCUUAGGUACGCAAUUCACGGUUAAGAUUUCGUAAUUUUAGGCUUGAGGACUUAUUUUAGGCUUAACCACAUAUUUUAGGCUUAAGCAGUCAUUUUAGGCUUACUAUUGCGUCGUUUUAAGCUUAGGCACGUAUUUGGGCUUACGCACAGAUUAGGCUUACGAUCACACGACUUUAGGCUGCUGCUCGAAUUUUAGGCUUAAGCUUACGUAACUUUAUAUUAGGUACGCAUUUUAGGCUUAAGCCCAUUCUUAUAAUUGCCGUUUUUUAUAAUCAAAUACUUUCGGUUCAUGGAAGUUGUAUGAGAUUGAUAAAAAGGCCAUUUCUCGUAUCACUCCUUGAUAUUCCCUCCGGCUGUAAAGUGCGGCUGUUUUGAAAAAUGUUUUUUGAGGGGGAUUCAUGAAGGCUCAGCCUGAAAUUCUUGACCAAUUGUUCACGCGACUUUAUAUUUUUACGGAUUUGGCACAUUUUUUAAAAAUUUUUAUGUUUUUGAGGGCUAUUGUGAUUUGUUUUUAUAUUGUAGUAGGGGUUGAGGUCAGGGCCGGGUGCGAGGGAAGGGGGGGGAGGAGCGAAGGCCUCCAAAAAAAUUUUUAAAAAGUUGAACGUGGUCCCCCCCCCCUGUGAAUUCCUGUGCCGAUUAUUUCGCCCCCCCCCCACUUUAGAGUAAAAGUCCCCGCCCGGCCGUGGUUUAGGUUAGAACGGAGUAGGGUAGGGUAGAAAAGGGUAGGAUAGGACGAAAAAGGACAUAAUUUAAAAUUUUUUUUAUUUUUGAGGACAAUUUGGACCUGGUGUAACACUAUAAUAAGGGUUGUGAUUAGAGCUGGGGCUAAGAGAGAGAAGGGGGGGGUAUACUUUUUUUUUAAAAUUUUUAAACAUUAUUGUAUAUUUAAUCAUCAAAACGUUUUUUAGGUAUUAAAAAAUUAGCCAAAAAUUUAAUUUUUAUAUUUUUCAGCGUGAACUUCACAUUCCACUACCACCUCAACACCAAGCUGGAGGACCGCUGGUGUUGCCCGAUCGGUCGAUUUUGGAAGAAUACGUUCGUCGGUAAGGGUUUUAAAGCUAUCUUAAACUUGUUAUGAAAUAUUUGGGAAAUUUGUUUUAGGCUUAUCAAAUUUAGCGUAGGUUUGCAAAAUCUAUUUUAGGCUUAUAACAUGUCUUUUUGGCUUAAAAAGUCAGUGUUAGGCUUAAAAAGUUGAGUUUAGGCUUUUUAAGUGAAAUUUAGGAUUUAAAAUUUUUCUAGGCUUAUAAUAUUUUUUAGGCUUACAAAUUUGAUUUCAGGCAUAGAAUGUAUAGCUGAGGCUUUUUGAGUAAAAUUUAGACUUAAAAACUCUAGGCUUAUCAAGGAUAGCUUAGGCUUACUUAAUCUAUUUUGGGCUUAUAAUACGUCUUUUGUUCUUAGAAAGAUGACGUUAUGCCAAGGAAGUUGAUUUUAGGCUUAUCAACGAAGCCUAGGUCUACAUAAUCUAUGUUAGGCUUAUAAUAUCGCUUUUAGGCUUAGAAUAUUUCUUCAGGCUUCGAAAGUUGAGUUUGGGCUUUGAAAUUUUAGUUCAGGUUUUUCAAUUAGAAUUUAGGCUUAAAAAUUUUGUUUUAGGCUUAUGAAAGUUAUUUAGCGGCUAUUAGGCAAGAUCAGGAAGUAUAGGUACAAUUUCAACUCAAAAAGUUCCAUUUUGGCACAAAUUCGAUAGUCUCGAAGGCUUCAAACUUUUUUUUCGCUUUUUUUUGACGGAAAGAACGUGAUCUUGUCAGGUUUUAUCAUCGUUUCAGCUGACUUUAACAGCACUUUAAAAAACGUUUUGAGUUCAAUUGUUUUCAACUCUUUCCCUGAUUUAUAUACGUUCUUAAACUGGACUACCUUAAUUUUUCAAAAAGUUUUAUUAGUGUCAUUUUUGAGGGUAAGGGGCAAGUUGUUUGGGGGGGGAUUUUCAAAAAAAAUUUUGCAAAAAAGUCGGCACAGGUAGCUCUGUGCCGUUUUUUUCGGACCCCUGCCCCGAGACCAAAAGUCUCCGCCCGGCCUUGCUAGUGUCAUUUUUGAGGGUAGGGGACAAGCUGCUGGGGCGACAGAGGAGGGGGGUUUUAAAUUCAUUUUUUGAAAAUAUAGUUUGAGUACUAUAUAGUACCAAAAUAGGGUAGAAAAUGAUAACGUAAGAGGGGUUAGGGUACAGUUGGGUAGGAUAGGCUAUGACGACAUGAGAAACGGGCCGGGCCGGCCUUGAGCAAAAUUUCGGCCAGGCCGCGCUUGAAAAAUGGGCUCGGCUUGUUUUUCAUGACUAACGGGUAGGAGCAGGGUUAGGUAAAUUUGGUUAAGGUAGGGUAGGAUAUGAUAAUUAAGGGUAGGGCCGGAUCGGGCAGGGCAUAGUAGUGUAGAGUAGGAUAGGAUCGGGUUUAGUAGGAAAGGGUAUGGUAGGAUAGAGUAGGGCAAGGCAAGGCAAGGCAAGGCAAGGCAAGGCAAGGCAAAGCAAAUCAAGCUCAGUUGAGCCCAGCCGAGCCGAGCUCAGCCAAGCCAAACCAAAAUAAACCAAGCCGAGCCAGCCAAGCCAAGCUAAGCUAAGCUAUGCCAAGCCAGGCAGUAAUGUUGUCACCUUCCUUUGGUCUUUAAAAAAUUUUAAACUUACUAAUUACAGAAAGCGUAACCACCUCGAAACAAUACGAACUUACAAUAGCCCUGUUGACGGUAUUCACGGUGAGUUUCUACCUUAUUUUGGGACAUUUUUAACAUUAUCUAUUAACUGAUAAUAAAUAAAUAAGUUAUAACAACUGUGUGCUCUAACCUCACCAACUUUUUUGUUUUUUACCACAACUUUUUGACCGUUUUUUAAUAAUUUUUCUGAUUUUAAAGUGUCCCGAACUGUUUGGUUGAAGCCCCAAAAACCGUCGUUUCUGCGAAUUUUCCCAAAACUUUGAAUUAUGGACAUUUUUGAGUAAUUUUUAACAUUUUUUUAAUUUUUUUUUUAUUUUGAAAUUUUUUGUUUUUAGGUAACAAAUUGUUCUAAAAGUACGUAGAAUUAACUUUUUCUCUAAACUUUUUGACCGAGUUAUUAAAAAUCAACUUUUAUGCAAAUUUUUGGAUCGAUAAGCUAAAAUUUUAAAUUUCUACGAACUUUUUGACCGAAAAUCUAUUUUUUUUAUUUUCUACGAACUUUUUGACCGGCAGAUCAAAAAUCAUAUUUUUCUAUAAACUUUUUGACCGGAAGCCCAAUUUUUUCAUUUUCUACGAACUUUUUGACCGACAGCCCAAAAAUCAUAUUUUCCAUAAACUUUUUGACCGAAAACCUAAUUUUUUCAUUUUCAGAAUCCGAAAUUGCGGCCCAACGGGCCGACUCCAAUAUGACCCCGCGGCCAAAUGACCCAGUCCAAGUUCAAGCACCCCGAAAAUCACCACUGCCGCCCCAGCCGCGCCUGCAAACCUACUCAAAGCAAUGUUACGGUAAGACGGGUUUUGAUGCUGGUUUUUUGAUUUUAGGUAACAAAAUUUUAAAAUUUAAAAUUUUUUGGGUACAAAAGUUUCGUCGUUUUUUAUUAUAGGGUGUAGUGUAAAUUGACGACAAAACUUUUUUUGUAAGUUUAAUGACAAUAAAAAAUGAAAAAAAAAUAUUUUGUGCUAGAAAAAGUUUUGUCGUUUUUUACAAUGUAAUAUAAUGUAAUUUGACGACAAGACUUUUUUUAGCUUGAAGAAAAUGAUUUUUUUGAAAUUUUAAAAGUUUUUAUGCUUUAAAAUGCAUUUUUAAACAAAUUUUGUUAACCACAAAAAAUCUUCUUCAGCAAGACCUCAGACCCAACCGGUGCCAACCGGCUUCAGCCAAUGA